AUGGAUGUGACCCAAGGCAGUGUCAGUACAAAAGUCUGCGACAGAGGAAUUUGUCUCAAGUGGACAAAGUAUCGAGAAGGUGUGCUACAAAUGAUUCGUACUUGCAGCGCUGACCUGGACUUUCAUCUAACCAUGAUUGACGGUGUGUGCAGAACCGAGAGGAAUGGCAAUGGAUACCUGUGUAUGUGCGGCAAGCAUCUAUGCAACUCCGUGCCAGGACAGCACAAGUGUAUUCGACAACGAACUUUUUUGUUAACGGCUUUGUUUAUCACUUACUAUCUCCAGAUUUUUCAGACAUUUUGGCCAACGUAA